AUGGGCAGGCCGAGGCCUCCAGCGAAGAAAAUAUGCUCAUCAUGCCACAGACGACGAGAAAUGACCAGCAUUCGAAAGUGGCAUGGUGUGUCUAUGUGCACAACUUGUGUUGCAAGGUUGAAAAAACACAAGGAUUGCAAUGAUCUUGAGCAGAUCUUGCUCUCUCAAUGGGAUGAUGCCUUGGUUUUCAAGCUGUUGGAUUUCUUGCAAUGCCAUGGCCAUGCAACUUUAUCUGUGGAGUGUGAAGACGAGAAUCUUUUAGUUUCAGCGACCCAUUACCUCAAGUGGAGUCUUCGUUCUGUAUCCUUGUUUGAAAUCCAGAACAAACUAAAGGUCCUCGGAGAUGUCUAUGGGCCUACAUCAGAAGGAUUUUCGAGAUGUUUUCUCCAGCACUACAUGCAGGUUUUCGAACAACAAGCAUCUGGCAAAUCACAUGGAGGCACAAAGGCCAAAGAGAUGUUUUGCAGGUUUCAAAUAUUUUGCAGACGGUACGGAUAUGAAGAAGUUCUUUCAUUGGCCAAGCACAAUGAAGAGGGGGGGGAAACAUUCACUCCUUGGGAGAUGGAGCGAAGAAUAGCUGAUGGACUAAAUGACUUUGAUGAACACAAGAUCCGCUUUAAAUUCGACGAAUGGUUAUCCAAUCCCGUCCUCUCUCCAAUUACGAACAAGUUGUUGUUUUUCUCGCCGUGCAUCAAUCACUUGUUGAAGAAUGUCAGGCAUUCCAUUGGAUCAGGGAAGUCUCAAUCGUCUUCUACGGAAGCCCAGAUAUGGCAUAAAGCUUACAGUGAUAUCGCCAAGAAGAAUCCUGCUUGGAUGACUCAGAUGGAAGUCGACGGGACCGCCGAUCCACAAUCGGUGGAUAUCAUGCUGAAGAUGUUCAGUGACAAGGCCAUCAGUCUACUAAAGGCAGAAGGACAUGAAGCGACAGCAAGAAUGGCAGAGGCUAUGUCUGGCCUGCACAAAGCAUUCGAUGAAAGAGGGCUGAAAGUUUCAGAGAGGAUACGUCUCGUUCAAGAGGGUCGAAGAUGGCUAUUGGAAGGCAUCGACUGGACCAGUGUCAGCCAAAAACAUGUCAAGGGACUAUCAUCUGUAACAUUUGAAGGCUUCAUAGUUGCAAUUGAUGCUCAUCUGCAAGUACAACAGUAUGUGAGGGAUAAGAAUCAUGCGCUGGGUGAUAGAGACUAUGACUUCAAUUCACGAACUCUCUGCACGGAUAGUGUAGAGAAUCUGUGGUCGUUGAUCGGCCAUCUGAACAAGAAGGAUUUUCUGAGAAAAUUCAAUCAGGCAUGCAUAGAAUUAUCUAAAAAGGUGGAUCCAAACCUGCCUUUUGUAUACGAGCAUUCGAAGAAGCGAAUUGUCCUGAGCAAACCGCACGACCGUGAAGCUUUCAAUGCACGGGAUGGAUCUGAUAAUGAUGUGGAGCCACACAAUAGUACGCAGAAGAACAAUCGAAAGCGAGUAUAUGCUAAAUCAGGGCAAUGGGAUGAAGGAUUAACAGGUAAUAUGCAACGGUUCCGGGGAUUGCGUAGCAUUGCUGGCUGCAAGUAG